UCUGUCCACGUCUCUCGCUUUUCUCUCCUCCACGCUCUCCAUCGGAACCUGACGUCACGCCGCCGGAGUUGUUCCCCCUCGCCGGAGUUCGCACGUUUUUGGGCAUGUUAAGUGGUCCGAUUAAUUUACAUUCAAGCACAGUUAUCUAUAAUCUAUGAGCCGUUGUCAGUUUGUUUUAAAAAAUUAAGUACAAGACAUGGCAUCAAGAUCUUCUACAAACCUUCUGGACUUGGCUAGUGAAGAGAUUUUGGAUAUUCCUCAUACUCCCAGGGUUCUUCCUCGGGUGAUGACGGUUCCCGGAAUCAUUUCUGAUGGAAGCAAUGAUUGUGAUUCAGAUGGCGACCCGUCCAUUUGUAAAGAUCGUAAAGUCGUGGUUUCUAAUAUGUUGCCUCUGCAUGCUCAAAGGGACAAAGAAACUUCACAGUGGCGUUUCAGUUUGGACGAGGACUCCCUUCUUUUACAAAUGAAAGAUGGGUUUUCUCCGGAAACUGAGUUUUUGUAUGUGGGAUCCCUCAAGGUUGAAAUAGAACCCAGUGAACAAGAGGAAGUUGCACAGAGACUGUUGGAUGAGUUCAAGUGUGUUCCAACUUUUCUACCCCUAGAAAUUCAUAAGAAAUUUUACUAUGGGUUCUGUAAGCAAUACCUGUGGCCUCUUUUCCACUACAUGUUACCAAUGUGCCCCGACCAUGGAGACAGAUACGAUCGUCAUCUGUGGCAGGCAUAUGUAUCUGCUAAUAAGCUAUUUGCCGACAAGGUGAUGGAAGUGGUAAAUCCUGAUAAUGACUACAUAUGGAUACACGAUUAUCAUCUAAUGGUUCUCCCCACAUUUCUGAGGAAGCGUUACCACCGAGUCAAACUUGGGUUUUUUCACCACAGCCCAUUCCCCUCUUCAGAAAUAUACCGGACUUUGCCCGUUAGGGAUGACAUUCUUAAAGGGCUGCUGAACUGCGAUCUAAUUGGUUUUCAUACUUUUGAUUAUGCACGCCAUUUUCUGUCAUGUUGCAGCAGGAUGUUAGGCCUGGACUAUGAAUCUAAACGUGGGCAUAUCGGACUCGAUUACUUUGGUCGUACCGUUUAUAUAAAAAUUUUGCCAGUGGGUAUACAUAUGGGCAGAUUGGAGUCGGUGCUGAACUUUUCCUCCACGAUUAACAAGGUCAAAGAAAUCCAAGAGCAUUUUAAGGGUAAAAAGGUAAUUCUAGGAGUGGAUGAUAUGGACAUCUUUAAAGGCAUCAGUUUGAAAUUAUUAGCUUUUGAACAUUUAUUGGAGCAUUAUCAGGAAUUCCGAGGAAAGCUUGUUCUAAUACAAAUAGUGAACCCUGCUCGGAGCUCUGGAAAAGAUGUUCAGGAAGCGAAGCGGGAAACAUAUUCAACUACUAAAAGAAUCAAUGAACGGUUCGGUCAACCCGGUUACGAACCUGUAGUAUUGAUCGACCGUCCUGCUGCUCGCUAUGAGAAGACUGCAUAUUAUGCUGUGGCGGAAUGCUGCAUAGUCAAUGCAGUAAGAGAUGGGAUGAAUUUGGUACCUUAUAAGUACGUUGUAUGCAGGCAGGGGUCUUCUGGUAUGGAUGAGGCAAUGGGUAUCAAAUCUGAUUCUGCCCAACGGACUAGCAUGCUCGUUGUAUCUGAGUUCAUUGGUUGUUCACCAUCUUUGAGUGGAGCACUUAGAGUGAAUCCAUGGGAUAUUGAAGCAGUUGCUGAGGCACUAAAUGUGGCCAUUACAAUGUCAGAAUCCGAAAAGCAAUUGAGGCAUGAAAAACACUACCGAUACAUUAGCUCCCAUGAUGUUGCGUAUUGGGCUCGCAGCUUUAUGCAGGAUUUGGAGAGGGCGUGUAAGGAUCAUUAUAGCAAGCGUUGUUGGGGUGUUGGGUUGGGGCUACAUUUCAGAGUUCUCUCGCUCUCUCCGAGUUUUAGAAAGUUAUCCAUUGAUUGCAUACUGUCUUCGUACAAAAGGACAAGCAGACGGGCAAUAUUUUUAGACUAUGAUGGUACCAUCGUACCUCAAGCGUCUAUAGCUAGAUCUCCUAGUGCUGAAGUUAUUCAAUGCCUGAGUGCCCUCUCUAAUGAUCCCAAGAAUACAGUGUUUAUUGUGAGUGGCCGAGGAAGGAGUUCCUUGAGUGAAUGGCUUGAGCCAUGUGACAGACUCGGGCUCGCUGCUGAACAUGGUUACUUCAUAAGGUGGAAUAAAAGCGCAGAUUGGAAAUGCAUGAGUGCUGAUAUAGAGUGGAAAGAAAUUGUUCUACCCGUCAUGAAACAAUACGCCGAUGCAACCGAUGGCUCCUCGAUAGAAACUAAAGAGAGUGCCUUGGUUUGGCACCACCAGGAUGCGGAUCCCGACUUUGGCUCCUGCCAGGCUAAAGAAAUGCUUGAUCAUUUGGAAAAUGUUCUUGCAAAUGAACCUGCGGUUGUUAAGAGAGGGCAGCAAAUUGUCGAAGUAAAGCCGCAAGGAGUGACCAAAGGAUUGGCAGCCGAGAAGGUUCUGGAAAUUAUGGCUAAUCGAGGGAAGCCACCCGAUUUCGUGAUGUGCAUUGGCGAUGAUAGGUCGGACGAAGACAUGUUUGAGGGAAUAACGAAAAUGGUUUCUGGGGUGUGCAUGCCAACAGCCCCACCAGAAUUGUUUGCCUGCACGGUCGGCCAAAAGCCAAGCAGGGCGAGGUAUUACCUUGACGACACUUCAGAUGUGGUCAAAUUGCUCCAGAGCCUAGCAACUUCGUCGAAUCCAAAGCCGAGACAGGUCGCGGAGUUCCAGGUUGCCUUUGACAUGUUAUGACGCCGCGACUUUGCGGGUUAGUUUUUUGCAGCUGCUUGGAAUUGCCUGCUGCUAUGACUUGUGCAUGAAACGCCAUUGACAGUGUAUAGGUAACGGCUUCUGAUUUCCAAGUAUUAAUGUAUAGUAGUAUUUAACUUUAGUUUUCAUCCUUGUUUUGCUAAUCUUUGUUUCAUAUUAGCUUGAGACUAAAACACCCCAUAUAUCAAUCGUAUCAAUGGACUGAAAAAGACCAAGUGCCAUUAUGCGUUCUGUUUUUUUGACAACUUGUUGGGAUGCAAGCAGUGGUUUACUGUUUACGUGGCUGUUUAUUGUGAUUCUAAUUGGGACAAUGUAUUUCGUGGCCACUCAAAAUUUAUUCAAAUUGUGGCGACACGUUUAAAGAAAUCAUGAAUGAUUUCGACAUAUGCCGUAGAACAAAAAAAAGUGUGUUUGGAUUUGGUACAGAUAGAGAGCAUUCCAUUUCACAGAAGAACAAACAUAAGAUCCCUCUCUGCAUCUAUACAAGUACCCAAAUCCACACUACGUAGGUGCAUACAAGAAGGGAGAGUACGAUGUCACACAAAUGCUAUCAAGCUUUUCUUAAUAGAAGAAAACAAGUUUAACAGUCAUUGCAUAAUCAGACAACAACAAAAGAAUGUGGAUGAGUUGGUGCGACCACUGGCUGAAGCAUAUGCCAAUUUAGAUGCAAAGACACGAAACAAUGUAUGAAUCAGUUACCAGUUAGCAAUGACCGAUAUCAUGAAGGUACAAGGAAGAAAAAAUUACAAGUAGGCAAUGCAAGACUUGAGAGGGAAGGUGCACUACCAAACUAAAUGAAGGUAAGAACAAAAU